CUGCGCCUGCGCGGCGCCGCUGCUGGGCCAGUCGGGACGGAGGAGACAAGAUGGCGCUGCGAGCGAUGCGGGGCAUCGUGAACGGGGCCGCGCCUGAGCUUCCCGUAUCCACCAGUGGGCCCGUGGUGGGGUCUCGAGAACAGGUGCUGGCAAUUAGCCGGAACUACCUCUCCCAGCCUCGUCUCACAUACAAGACAGUAUCAGGAGUUAAUGGUCCACUAGUGAUCUUAGAUCAUGUUAAGUUUCCCAGAUAUGCUGAGAUUGUGCACUUAACACUACCUGAUGGCACAAAGAGGAGUGGGCAAGUUUUAGAAGUUAGUGGUUCCAAAGCAGUGGUUCAGGUGUUUGAAGGGACUUCAGGUAUAGAUGCCAAGAAGACAUCCUGUGAGUUUACUGGGGAUAUUCUCCGAACGCCGGUGUCUGAGGAUAUGCUUGGUCGGGUGUUCAAUGGAUCAGGAAAACCCAUCGACAGAGGUCCUGUUGUACUGGCUGAAGACUUCCUUGAUAUCAUGGGCCAGCCAAUCAAUCCUCAGUGUCGGAUCUAUCCAGAGGAGAUGAUUCAGACCGGCAUUUCGGCCAUAGAUGGCAUGAACAGUAUUGCUAGGGGGCAGAAAAUUCCUAUCUUCUCUGCUGCUGGCUUACCGCACAAUGAGAUUGCAGCUCAAAUCUGUCGCCAGGCUGGUUUGGUAAAAAAAUCCAAAGAUGUAGUGGACUACAGUGAGGAAAAUUUUGCGAUUGUAUUUGCUGCUAUGGGUGUAAACAUGGAAACUGCCCGGUUCUUCAAAUCUGACUUUGAAGAAAAUGGCUCAAUGGACAACGUCUGCCUCUUUUUGAACUUGGCCAACGACCCAACUAUUGAGCGAAUUAUCACUCCUCGCUUGGCUCUAACCACGGCCGAGUUCCUGGCCUAUCAGUGUGAGAAACAUGUAUUGGUUAUCCUAACAGACAUGAGUUCUUAUGCUGAAGCACUUCGAGAGGUUUCAGCAGCCAGGGAAGAGGUUCCUGGUCGACGAGGUUUCCCAGGUUACAUGUAUACAGAUUUAGCCACAAUAUAUGAACGUGCUGGUAGAGUGGAAGGUAGAAGUGGCUCUAUUACUCAAAUUCCUAUUCUCACCAUGCCUAAUGAUGAUAUCACUCACCCCAUUCCUGACUUGACUGGAUAUAUUACAGAGGGGCAGAUCUAUGUGGACAGACAGCUACACAACAGACAGAUUUACCCACCUAUUAAUGUGCUGCCCUCGUUGUCGCGGUUAAUGAAGUCUGCUAUUGGAGAAGGUAUGACCAGAAAGGAUCAUGCCGAUGUAUCUAACCAGCUGUAUGCAUGCUAUGCUAUUGGUAAGGAUGUGCAGGCCAUGAAAGCCGUAGUUGGAGAAGAAGCCCUUACGUCAGAUGAUCUGCUUUACUUGGAAUUUCUGCAGAAGUUUGAGAGGAACUUCAUUGCUCAGGGUCCAUACGAAAACCGCACUGUCUAUGAGACUUUGGACAUUGGCUGGCAACUGCUCCGAAUCUUCCCCAAAGAAAUGCUGAAGAGAAUCCCUCAGAGCACUUUGAGCGAAUUCUACCCUCGAGACUCUGCGAAGCAUUAGCUGCUACUUCAUCGCUGGCUCGAUGCUCCUGUGAAAUACUGGUUCUGUUUUCUUUAUUCCUUUUGCACUCCCCCAUCCCCACCUUUGUGUUGGAGUUUACUGUGUUACCCUGUAAUUAAAAACAAGGAAAAGGUAA